AUAAGCCGAUGAAACCCAACAUAACAAUCAAUAGCACCGACAUCAUCAUAGAGAAUGACACCGUGGUCUUGACGUGUAACACAGAGGAGAAAGAUUUGCGAGGUAUUCAGUGGUACUUCCAAAACAAUAAACUGAUCCUCAAUGACAGGAUGACUCUAUCUUCAAAUAACCAGACCCUCACCAUCAUGCCUGUGAAGGGGGAAGACAAUGGAGCUUAUCAAUGCGAAGUCUGGAAUCCAGUCAAUGCCAGUAAAAGUGACUCAUUCAACCUGACUGUCGUCUAUGGACCAGAGCAAAUCAGGAUUCUUCCAGAGCCUGUUAAUGACCAGAUUGAGGUCACAUUCAAUGAGAAUCUGGCUUUAGAGUGUCAGGCUAAUUCUGAACCACCGGCCCAGUAUACAUGGCAAGUCAAUGGUUCUUCUAUGUCUGAAAAUUCUGGAAACACGUACACUAUCUCCCAAGCAUCUUGGGAACAUGCAGGAACGUAUACGUGCACAGCAAUGAACAAUGUGACCAAUGCAACAAUCUCUACAAGCGUCACAGUCACGGUGAUAC